AUGCUGUCACAUCUCACGAACGGGUGGCAAGUUGACCAAGCGAUACUGUCGGAGGAGGACCGUGUGGUGAUUAUCCGUUUUGGACACGACUGGGAUCCAUCGUGCAUGGUAAUGGACGAGACAUUAUUCAAGAUCGCUGAAAAGGUGAAAAAUUUCGCCGUUAUUUAUUUGGUUGAUAUCACCAAAGUCCCAGACUUCAACAAAAUGUACGAAUUAUAUGAUCCAUGCACGGUUAUGUUCUUCUAUCGGAACAAGCACAUCAUGAUUGACUUGGGUACCGGUAACAAUAAUAAAAUCAACUGGCCAAUCGAAGAUGGACAAGAAAUGAUCGAUAUAAUUGAGACGGUUUUUCGAGGAGCUCGCAAAGGAAGAGGUCUUGUUGUCUCUCCGAAAGACUACUCCACAAAAUAUCGUUAUUGA